AUGUUCUCGGCGAAACGACUCUGGAACUUGAGUUCGUUUUUUGGUAAUGGACGGUCAGCUCGAUUUAUCUGCAAAUCAUCGAAAUUAACGCACAAUUCUGUGCUCUCGUACAUGAAGUACGCAGAAGAAACCGGCUUGUCAAAGGCGUCAACUGUUUAUCAAGGAACAUUGUUUGAGUACAUUAUACAACACACCUUAAGUCGACAUGGCUUUCAGUUGAAACGUUGUGGUGGACGAAAUGACCGGGGAAUCGACUUGCUUGGGACUUGGACUUUAAAAGGACUAGUUCCUGUAAUAAACCCUGUUGCCAUCUCGUGUAAAUGCUUAAACCAAGCACUUGGCCCACUUUAUGUUCGUGAGCUUGAAGGCUCUCUCUCUGCAAGACCAGAGGGAACCAUUGGUAUAUUGGCCGGCCAAAGUUCUUUCACAGAUGCUGCCAUCAAAACAUUAGCAGGAAGUAGUUUCGCCAUGGCUGCGUGCGGUGUUGUUGCUCAAGAUUUGAACAGUUACAUCUACCAGUUUCUUUGGAACGAACCAGCCGCAGAAUUAUUGGGAAAUCUUCGCGUGUGUCAAGUCCACAAUACGUCAAACUCUCCUCCGCCUGUUACCUUUCUCCGCUCAUGA